CACAUAAGACCAGUCAGUCAACGCGGCAGCCAUGGCAACACAGCUGCUGAGCGCGUGAAAUAGAAACAUAUUAUCGUUUAGGGGUUCAGAGCAACUUUUCAGAUGUUUUAUUGGCUGCCGCCGACCCAAAUGUUUCUGGGAGAUGUCCGGGGAGCGAGCGCCGUUGCCGUCCGGGGGAGGCGGCCUGCUUCGCGGAAGCAGAACCAGGUCCUAUGGCAGCUUGACUCGAUCGUCGCUCUCCCCGGUUCGCCAGAGACUCGCCGAGCACACGGUUAAACCGGGGGAAACGCUCCAGGGCCUGGCUUUGAAAUACGGAGUGACUGUGGAACAAAUCAAAAGAGCAAACAGACUGUACACCAACGACUCGAUAUUCCUGAAGAAGUCCUUGUCGAUCCCGGUGCUGUCAGACGUGACCGAGCACAGCAACGGGGUGGAUUUGUCUGAGGAAGACCACGAAGGAGGCCGGGCCGACUGCGCUGCUGGUCAGGAGGACGUGAGAGGACGAGCGUCUGACCUUUCUCCGCGGGAUUUUUUGAAGCGACUGGACGACUUGAUCAGUCAGUCCAAGCAGGCUGCAGCCAGAGGAUGCCAAGAUGCAGAGAAACGUGUUGCAGCCCUAGAAGCCGCCUGCUCCAGCACGACGUCAGAUUGGCGGCCGUUAACGAGAUCGCAGAGUGUCAUUUCAUCACCAAGAUUUCAGCAGCCAGCACUACUCGGGGCAGUUCCCCUCACCACCACCAAACUCACCAAGAAGCUGAAAGAACGGGAAGAGGAGCUCUUUGAACUGUGACCACAUCUCUUUGUCUCUUUAAUGUUACUCUGAUCGUUAAAAAGCGUUGCUAGAUGAUCGUGGUGAAGGGACGUUACUAUAAGGUGAAGGAUUUCUGCUAAUAAUGCUGCCGCACAAACAGUAGUUUAAGAACCUUGUUACUCAGCCAUUAACUGUAGAAUUUGUUGUAGAAAACAUGUUUGUUUUUUUAAAUAAUAAAUGUUGCACUUAUUUAUUUAUGGGAACUGUUUGUAUUAAAAGUCUUUGUAGAUGUGUUUGUCUUUUUCCUACAGAAAAUGGAAACUCAGCCGGACUACCUGACAUUUUUCUGUCCUGAUCGUUUACGCAGGGAAAGCAAAUACUCGUAUAUUCACUGUCGCAAUGAGAAAAACCAUUAAAAGUCCACACUUUAUGCUGUUAAUAUAGAUAUAUAAAUAGGAAAACAAACACAGAAAAAAAUGUAUUCAGGGUAUUUCUUUUAUAGAUUUCUUAAAAUUAUUUUCUGGGACUUUAUUUAGAUUUUGUUAAUAUAUUCAUGUGAUUUUUUUAAUAAGCUUAUAUUUGAUCCUGGUUUGUAGAGACAUUUUUAUAGUUUUAGUGCUUCUGUGAAAUUCCACCUUGCAUCCAACAAUAAAAGCACUCCACCUA